UUAGAACUGUUAGAAGAACAAUUUGAGCAAAUUAAAGAAAAUAAUAAAGCUGAAGGUCGGGGAGUUAUUGAAAAACUAGAUGAAGAUACAAUACAAAAUGUGCAUCAACGACCUAAAACAGCCAAACCAAAAUCUGUAGACAUUGAACGUUUAAAAGAAAUGGUUAAACAAAUAAAUGAACAAAUAGAAGAACAGAGAAGUAAAGUAGAUAAUUUAAAUGUGGAAAUUGAUAGAUUUUAUUUGGAAAAUAAGGAGAAAAAUGAAGGAUUUUAUGCAUUAAAAGCAGAACUUGAUAAUUAUCAAGAAGAAUUUAAACGAGAAACGGAAUUAAAUGAAACGGAAGCAAUUAAUUUAGAACAAAAAAUAAAAGAAAUGCAAUCAAAAUUAGAAAAUACAAAUAAUAAUUUACAAAAACAAAAAUGGUUAAGUGAAAAUAGUGGAAAUUCUGAACAGGUUGAACGUGCUUAUCACACUUUGGAGGUAUUUUUAAUUUAA